CACGCUGCCUCCGUUCCAGAGAGAAUAUCGUCUCGGCGCAGGGAGGAGAGGAUUAACGCCAGCGCGCAGCUCAUCUGCAUACGUCUUCCGAAGGAAGCGCACGAGGCAGUUCGGUCUCCAGCCUUUGUCUGGUCCCACCGAGUCCUCCUUGCGAGCGCCGCGUACCACCGGGACUCCUGACGUUUCGGCAAGGACUCGCUGGUCUUCAUGCUCGGAUCCGGCGACCGUCUCUCCUUCGCCUGAGCCGGGAGACGGCCGAGCCGGGGAUGCCGUCGAAAGAGCCGUACGAGGCUCGCCAGGAGGACAAGUCGCUGGUGCAAAGGGCCAAACGAGAGGCCAACCAGGAGGAGAUUUUGGCGGCCGCUCUGGGGAUGAGGACGGGACCCGAGAAACCCACGGCCACUUUCUGGCAGCCGCUUAAAAUCUUCGCCUAUUCGCAGCUCACCUCUUUGGUCCGGAGAGCCUCGCUGAAGGAAAGCGACUUGGCGCCCAUAUCGGAGAAAGUCCACAACUUCAAGGUGCAUACCUUCCGCGGGCCUCACUGGUGCGAGCACUGCGCAAGCUUCAUGUGGGGGCUGAUGGCGCAGGGGGUCAAGUGUGCAGACUGCGGCGUGAACGUCCACAAACAAUGUUCACCUCUGGUGCCCGACAACUGCAAGCCCAGCCUGAGACACGUCCGCAAAGUGUACAGCUGCGACCUCACCACCUUGGUGAACGCACACAACACGGCGCGACCCAUGGUGGUGGACAUGUGCAUACGAGAGAUUGAGUCAAGAGGACUGAAAUCCGAAGGUCUAUACAGGGUCUCGGGAUUCAGCGACUCCGUAGAAGAAGUCAAGACGGCGUUCGACAAAGCUGGCGAGAAGACGGACAUCUCGGUGAAAGCGUACGAAGACAUCAACAUCAUCACGGGCGCUCUGAAACUCUACCUGCGGGAUUUGCCCGUCCCCGUCAUCUCGUACAAGGCCUACCCCAGGUUCAUCGAGGCCGCAAAGCUGUCCGACCGGGACAAGAAGCUUGAAGCUUUCCGAGAGGCGCUGGCUCUGCUGCCGGCGUCACACAACGAAACGCUCAAGUAUCUCAUGGCGCAUUUGAAAAGGGUGGCCCAAAACGAGAAAUCGAACCGAAUGAACGCCGAGAACCUGGCCAUCGUUUUCGGGCCCACCCUCAUGCGCAGCCCGGAUCUUGACGCCAUGACCGCCCUCAAUGACAUCCGUUACCAGAGGCAGGUGGUGGAGGUGCUCAUUAAAAAUGUUGACGCCCUCUUCUGAAUGCACGCAGGUCCUCAAACCUGCUUUUUGUUGAGGAGAAGAAGAAAAAAAAAGGUUUGGAUGAAUGAUUUUUUUUUCUUUUUUUUGAAAAUUGCCCUUUGGAUGGACUCUUCCUACCAUGCAGAUGAUGAAGCUUCCACUCUGUACUCUAUGCCUCCCCAUUUCUGUCGGGGGAUUUAUGCGUCAAGCUGACCUACCAGCAUGCAUCGGUGCUUUUGUAGUCAUAUCUCAGCAUGUGGAAAGAUUGUUUCGCUGUGACUUUUUUUUUUUUUGUCUGUGCCUGUGAUAGAUUUAGUCCAUGUUCCCGCCUGCCUAUCAUAAAGUCAUCUCUUCAAACAUUGUAUAGAUUCGACUAAAAACAAGCUACUGAUUUUUUUUGGGGUGGGGGUGGGGUGUUGGUACUUUUUACAACGUCUUAUUUUUUUAUGACCUCUUUGUUGAAUGAGCCUUUCAGACUUUUCCUGUCUAUGUGUACACACUGGUGCAUUUGCCCGACUUUUGUUGUACUGCAAACGGCGUCAAUUUGUCAAUUAAUUUUGUACCGUCUUUCAUUUGUACACAACUUGUGCAUGAUCAGUUUAGUUUAUUAAACUGGUAAAACGCGA